CAGAAGCUCACAAUACCCAGAGGCAGGGCAGGGUGGGGUCUCCGGUCACCCAAGGUUACUCAGCUGGCUAGGGGCGGAGUGUGGAUUUGAACGGCUCUCCUCCUUGGGGGACCAUGCCAAGCUCAGAGCCAGCUGACUGCAGAGUCCGAGUCCUCUCCACCAUACUGCCCUGCCAGGGUUGGCGAGAAGGUGACAGGACACCACUGCAGGGAACCUGGGCUCCCUCCACCUGCGGCUGAGGAUGAUGCCAUGGCUGCCCUGAGGUGGCCCAGGCCCUCCCAACGGCCAGGUGACCUGCAGGGAGCUCCCCACGUGGCCUGGUCCGACCACACCGAGCAGCCAGGCGCCCGGGGGAAGGCCCACAGCCACCUGGUGUGGUCGGAAGGCGAGGAGGCCAAGGAUGGGGACAGCUCGGUGUCAUCAGGCCGCCUCUCUGGCUCCUCUGGGGGCCACGACUCCUGCACAUCUCCCCCCGGGCCCUGGAAGGAGAGGCCCCCCCAGGUGCUGGGGCCCCGGCGGCAGCCCAGGGAGAGCAACCCACGGCUGGAGCAGCUGCGGGACAAGAUCCGGGCCCAGGCCCAGUGGCAGGCCAGCUGCGCCUCCCUGGGCACCUCCACACUGUCCAGCGCCUCGCGCCUCUACAGAGCCUCCAAGCCAGACCCCCGGAGGAAGGCCAGGAAGCCGAUGCACCCCACUCCAGCCCCGUGGGAGGCACUCAGGCCUGGGGCCUCCGUCAAAGGCUCAGGCGGCCUGAGCGUGGCUCCGUGUGGAGUGGAAGACAGGGCAAUCCCCGGCCAGGGGUGCAAGCUGUCCGGGGUCGCCCGGCGCCAGGCCUCAGUUCCACGGGAGAAAGCCAGAAGGAUGCAAAGUAGUCCUUGCAAAAGGGAGAAGGCCCCCAGAUCACCCAUCCCCAGAAGAGCCACCAAAGACAAAGAUUCUGAGUUGGUUGGUGUUUACGCCUGGAGGAAAGGACCCGCCCUGGUGAGGGCCCUGCUUGGGCCCCCUCCUGCCCUCCCCAGACUCCAGAGCAAGGCUCCCUCAAGAGACCAGGCCCCUACCGUGGAAUUAGGAGAUAGCAAGAGAGUUGGAGCUGCCGAGAGCUCCCCUGUCUGCCCCCGGAUGCCCAGUCCAGCCUCUGUCCAAGGUGACCUGCAGCUGUCUGCCAACGCACCCAACCUGGCUUCCUGCGAUCAGCCUAUGACCAUCCAAAACGCUAUGGCCAUCCUUAGAGACCUCCGCCAGCAAAUCCAGGCCGGGCUGGAGCUGGCCCGGCACCGCCACCCCAGGGGAGGGCCAGAGCUGGGGCGGUCAAAGCCAUGGCUGCAGGACCUGGCGGGGAGGAGGCAGUGGGGCCCCUGGAGCACCCCAGACGUGCGGGGCUCCUUCUCCAAGAGUCCUCAAGCAGGGAUGGAGGGGAGGCACUCCUCCUUAGAGAGGCCUGGCAGCUUCCCCACUGGGCAUCGCUGGAGCACCCUGGCUAGGUGGGAGUCCUAUCCCCAGCAGACUGGAGCGGCCCCAGGACGGAACCCCUCCUUCCAGAGGCCCGGGAGCCCCCCUGAGAGGCUGACCUCCUUGCCUCAGCGGCCCUGGAGUGCCUCGGCCGGGCAGGCUUCCAGGUCCCAGCAGACUGGAGCGGCCCCAGGACGGAACCCCUCCUUCCAGAGGCCCGGGAGCCCCCCUGAGAGACUGACCUCCUUGCCGCAGCGGCCCUGGAGUGCCUCGGCCGGGCAGGCCUCCAGGCCCCAGCGGACCUGGGCCACUUACGAAGACUGGAAGAGCCCCGCCCGAAGACCCUGGAGCCCUUCUGCCCAGAGGUCCCGGAGUGCCUCCUCCACGCAGGGCACUGGCACCCCAUGCAAGGGCAGAGGCUCCCUCCUGCCGCCCUCCGGAGUGGAGCACGGCUGGCUGAGGCCCGCCAGGGGCGCCCCUGGGAAGGAGGACAAGGUGCGGGUGCCGCCACCCUGCCCGAAGCCCCGGGGUGCCCUGGGCCACCCCUACAGCACCGAGGUGCUGCGGGAGUUCAUGCGCCAGAAGACGUUGGCGCGGCAGCGGCAGGCCCUGGAGGAGAAGGCCUCGGCCGUGCGGGCGCUCGAGCUGAGGAACCAGAGGCUGCAGGAAGUCUACAGGAAGCAACGGGAGGCCGUCCUCGGCAAAGCCGUCCCUGUGGUCUCCCAGACGACCCCCGGCAUUGUGACCUUUUUCCCGCACUGUGCGCCAUCCAAGGGCCUGGAAGCUCCCGGGAGCCUGGGGUCGCCUGUGCUGGAGUGGAGCAAGGUGACCUCUGGCAUGGUGCUGGGGGACCAGGAGGCCCGGGGCAGCUUCUGCUUGUGUUUGAACAGAGCCUUGAAUCACACUGACACUCUAGAGAUGGACGGCCCCCAGGACGGCUGGGAUGGUGCCCCCAUGCUGAUAUCCGCCCGCUCCUCCCCGGGCCCCCUGAAGCUCCAGGACCUGACCACCCGCCCCCCGCGCCCAGGCAUGUGCAUCUACCUGGACCCCGAGGAGAGCGAGCGCCUGGUUACACCGGGGCCCCUGCACUUCCGCUACAAGCAGGCUCGGCUACAGGCGCUGGAGACCAUGGCCAACGUCCUGAAGCAACGGAUUGACAUCCUCACGGCCAAGCUGCACAGGUCGGAGGCACCGGACACUCUCGGGGACCCGGUCUCAGACCUGUCACUCUCACGUCGCAGCACUGUGUCCACAGCCCCGGUCUGCUCUGGAGCCCUGGUGCCCAACAGGAGCGGAGGGGCCCCCUGGGACUGGGCAGACAUGCCGGCCGGGACACUUGUCCCUCCCACCUGCUUCCUGGACGGCAGGACUCUGCCGUGGAGCCCCGACUGGGAGCGGCGACAGAGCGUGAGCCCAAGAGGCCACUACGACAGCAAGCCCCGAGGUUUCAUUGAGGACGGGCGUUUGGAGCUGGAUAACAGGCUGGCAAGAAACACGGCUUCCUUGCAAGCCCUCGGCCCCUUCAUCGGGAGCUCACUCGGGGUGCCAGCCAUGUUGGACCCCACCUGCGGCUCCCUGCAGCUGGAGGAGAUGCCGUCGGCCAGAGGGGCGGCGGGCUUGGUCACACCCUGGACCGCGCGAGGCUGCGGUCAGCGCUCCGGGCACCUUGCCAACGUCCCCCGGAAGUCCCCAAGCUUUCUCAAGUCCCUGCAGCUGGACCAGGAGAAGCAGGAGCAGGUGCUGACCCUUCUGCGGCAGCGGGCAGAGCUGGAGGUCUGGGAGACGCAGAAGGCCCUGGACCAGCUGGUCUUCAAGCAUCAACUGGAGCAUCUGAUGGAGAAACACUCCACCCAGGCCAGGCCAGAACCGGCUUCGGCUUCAGCUUCGGAGCGGCCACCGGUGUGUGGAGUCCUGGAGCCGACAACCUCUCCGGACACCGUGACCACCAGACCCAGAUCACACUCAGCCCUGGGCAGAGACGCGGCCACACCCUCCCAAGGUCCCCAGGAAGGACAGCAGAGUCAGGGGGACAAGUCAGCUUCUGCAGAGCCCCGGCAGGAAGUGAGACCAGACCAAGCUCCCUCCCAGCUGCCCCUGGCCAGGCUCUACCCUCGGGUCAACCCCACCCACCAGCGGAGCCUGGCGGGGCCCUGGAGCGCCGACGCCGCCGGAGCCCCGGGCCACUUCACGCUCCAGAUGCUGGAGCUGAGCCUCCGGGAGGAGGAGCUGCACGCCCAGCACCAGACUGCGCUGCUGCGCCUGCGCGAGAAAGCACUGGAGGAGAAGAUGUGCGCCGAGCUGGCCUGGUUGGAGCAGCAGCGAGCGUGUCUGGGCAGCAAGGAGAGCCCCACGGUGCUGGUAGACUUGGUGGAGAGGCAGCUGCAGGCCCUCAGUAGCCUUGAGCAGGAGCAGAGAGAAAUCCGAUGCCUGCGGAACACUCACCUGUUCUCCCACAAGGAGAGGAUGCUGCUCCUACAGCAUCAGAGGGACAUCCUCUGCCUGCGGACGGCCGUGGCACACCUGCAGCAGGAGCUCAAGGCCUGGACCAGGCCGCCUCAGAGGUCUGGCCCCGAAGUCAAGCCUGCUCAGACGGAGGGGCCGGCACAGGGCUCCUCACGCCCCUCGACACCACAUGGGCCUGGCAGCCCCACCAGCCCCAACCCCUGGAGAAGCCCUGAGAGCCCAGGCGCCCAACACCUUCCCACCGGGCAGGAGGACGGGACCCUGCCCCAGGCCACUUCAGCCACGGAUAGUCCCCGGCCGCCUCCAAGGCCAGUGUGCAGAGAGGACAUGCCUGUGGCCGGCGGCUGGCCUGACGCUGGGGGCCGGCUGGCAGAGAGCCAGAGCCCUGUGAGCCAAGGAGACCCCCAGCCCAACCCCCACCCCUUUUCCUCGGAGGAGAAGACCCGGCCUCUGAUGGCAAGCCAUACACAGAAACUCCAGGACCGACACUCCCUGGGCGGAGGGGGUCCCUGCAGCCCCCCGGAAGCCGGCCAGGUGGCUGAAAGCAGCAUGAGCCCAGCAGGGUCGGAAUUGGGGCUGGAUUUUGCCAACAGCCCCAGGGAGGAGCCCCAGCAGAUGGAAAGCUGGCCGUCAGGGGAGCAGAGGAUAGAGACCUGUUGGCAAGAGGACACCUGUGACCCCUUCUCUCGGCCGGAAGCUGCCCCGCCGACCACUGCUCCAGCUCCCGCGCCACCCAGCCCGCGUGCGGGCAGCCCCCUGGAGCUGGGCCCCGAGUCUGAGUCUGAGUCCUCUCCCCGGAGCUGCUUGGGGUCCUGUGCCUCCUCUGUGAGCGGGCCGUCCUGCCACUCUCUUCAGGAGUUUCAGAAGGUGUCUGCCACUCUGGUCCAGCUUUCCCUGUCAGACUGGGAAGCUGGGGACCCCCCCGACGCAGACCCUGGCUGGUCUGGGGAGUUCUCUCCUCAGGACUCCUGGGGGCUCCACCGCGGCGGGGGGCAGGUGGCCCGGGAGAGGGUGGAGGGCAGCGGGGCCGGUCCCCGGCGCGGCUCCCCGACGGACGCAGGAGGCCCAGAGCCAGGCGGAGGCCCCCAGCAGGCGGGCUGGCUGCCGCCUCUCCCGGAUGCCCCCUCUUGGAGGUCAGGGUCAGAGCUGUCAGAGGCGUCCAGCGAGCUCUGGGACGAGGAGAACCUGCUGGAGCCAGGCACUGGUGCUGAGCCAGCCCCGGGGCGCUCCUCCCCUGCGGGAGGCUCAUCCCACCUGGAAAGUGGUGGGGCGCCCUGCUCUGCACCUCCUUCCUUGGGCCUUGGGGAGGGGCAGGAAGCUUCUGGAACCAGCGGGAGCCUGAUCAGUGGAUUAAAUACAGGAAGAGCCAAACAGGCGUCCCCGGAGGCUGCCUGCAUGGCACUCCCAUCCAAAGCCUCUUCCUCCAGUGACUUAGACCUGCCCCUUUCCUCUCCCUCGGGGUCCUUGGCAUCUGAAGCGGUGGAUUUUGGUGAAGGAGGAGACACUGGGCCUCUGCAGGCCUCAGAUGGCUGCCCAGAGGGGGCCGGGGACGCUGACCUGAGACUAUCCAAUGACGGGAAACCCCAACAGGCCUGGUCUGAGCCUGAAGUCCCCGUGAACCUGCGGGCUCCUCCUAGGGACCCUGGCGGUCUGGUAGCCCGGACACCCAAGGGCUGGGCGCCUGGGCGUAGGGAGAGGGGAGACGCCCCUGACUCCCCUGCCCCAGAGGAAGCCUGGUCCACCCUGGCCAGUGGGGUCUUGCCUGAGAUCCUGUCUCCCGUGGAUGACGUGCUGUCCUACGGCAGUGCCGACCUUCCACCCUCCACCCACAGGGAUGCCAGCCUCCCUCCUCUGCCUCCCACCCUCCCAGCAGAGAGGGAGGCCAACGCCACCAGCCUCCACUCAGAAGACUUCCCUCCCCCACCUGAAGAUGCCAUGUCUCCCAGGGGCUCGCUGGGCUCCCCCGGGGAGGAUGCCUCCAUCAAAACUGGGGAGUUGCCCUCCUUGUCUGAGGAGGGCCUGCCUGAGCCGCUGUCCCCAGGGCCCCAGGAAUCAGGGCUCUGCCUGGAGGUGGGCGGACAGGGUGGAAGCCUUAGGGACAAAUUGGGUGAAUCAUGUUGUGAUGGGGGAGCCCAGGCUGUGGGCAGCCAGUGGUCUGAGCCAGCUGGCUGGCUAGGGUCCCCCUUGUGGGGGGGGGCAGGUGAUGCCACAGGGGGGCUCCCAAGGCUGCCAGUGCAGGCCCCAAGCCCAUCCAGAGUGGCCUCUGAGGCCGGGGAGGGUCUGUCAGUGUUGUUGGCGGCUGGAGGUACAGGGCUGUCUGGCACCGGGCAGGGCGACCCAGCUCCUGCUUUGGGCGCAGGCCGCUGGGUGGACGCACCCGGCAUGGAGAGAGCCGAGAUGGUGGAUUUGGUCUCCAGCCAGCUCACCAGAAGGAUCCUGUGCGACUCGCUGGCUGUGCUCUCAGAGAUGGCCCAGCCGGCGGCCCACUGAUGGAGGACCUGGCGUGUCCCCGAGGCUGACCCGGCGUGUCCCUGAGGCUGAUGGGACUCCUGAGGAGACAGUGCAGGGCCCGCGGUGACACACAGACCCCUGUGACGUUGCUGUGUCUUGUACCUGCGUGUGCCGGCACAUGCGGGAAGCUCCGGAAGCCUGGACCCCUGAGGGCAGAGCCGCCAUUCAGAAUAGCCACCUGCCGCUGGUCGUGAGGGUGGUCACCUGACGGUAGGCCGAGGACCAGGCGCUGGCAUGACAUCAAGUGCAGUGGGCUCUGCAUUCUUCUGGAUGCUGGGUCCAUUGCUUCCAGUGGGCACCUGAAAGGGUCCCUGUUCCACAGAGUUCAAGAGGCAGGAAAGUGAAAGGUUGUGCAGGGAGUGUCCGGAGGCUGGCUGGCCCAGGGCAGAUGUGGAAGUCACGGAUUUUAGAGAGAACAGUCUAGAGGAGCUGGGAGGGGAGCAGCUCCCAGGCUGAACGGGGCGCCAGGCCGCAAGACCACCUGCCAGGACAGAGAGCCAUCCGGAAAGGCCAGGGGAGAGAGCGCGGUUCUGGGGACGUGGGGCAGCCCGGGGUGGAGGUGGGCGGGGGGCACGUCUGUACUCACAGCCCCAGCUCUGCUGGUUUCUGACACCCAGGCCUGCAUGUGGGGCAGCCCACCUGUGCAGAUUAGAGGAGCGGCCAGCUCAAGGGCCAAAGCUCACCGGCCAAGACUCGGCCUGUCCUCUGGCGGUAGGUGGGCCGAGGCCUCCCUGAGUGCUCAGGACACCUUCCGGAAGACACCAGAGCCCCUUCCCUGGUGGCCGUCCAGUGUUGAAUGAGCCCUCGGGGACGCAGGUGGUCUUAAGGGGUGUUGGCUGAUCCUUCAGGACUUGGCUUCUCCCAUCCAGGGCCUCAGGCUUCCCCAGCUUUAAGAGAGGAACUCAGUCACUUGACUGCAUUUAUGGACCCCUGGGAAGACCCAGAUUUUUGUGACUUGCAGGUUAGGUGGGAGACGUCUCCAAAGCUGGCCUGGCAGAGCGCCGAGGUCGGCCUGCACCUUCCACCUUCUAGCUCUGGAGAGGGGCCUCCUCCAGGCAGCCCUCCAUCAGGCCCCAGCUCUGGGGCAGCCACGUGUCCAGGCCGGCUGCUGGCCAGACCCACCUUUGUCACACGCUGGCUCAUCCUGGCUCAGGGCUCGGGGAGGCAGAGCUAAGACACUUCACGCUGCCUUCGCCCAGGAGAGGCUUGGGUGGGGGUGGGGGGUGUUCACGCUCUGUUCACGCUCACACUCUGUAGACACAAUUUCCCAACAGCUUCUGAGCUACAGCUCCCUUAUUGAUUUCCUUCUGGUUUUCUGAACAAAUUAGUCUGUAAUUUUUUAUUUUUCUCUAUUUAUUGCUGACCCUUUUGGAUUUACGAGGCCGUGUGAGAGGAAUUAUGUAUUUUACACACACGCGUUUGGCAUGGUAAUAAAUCUCCUGCAUCAAA